AUGUGGAAGCCCCCGGUCAAUUUCUUGACCCUGCAUUACACAUGGAUCAUCUUCAUGGGCUUGCUGAGCCUGGCGAUCAUCUAUCCAUAUGGGAACCUCGCAGCCGUUGAUGCCUACUUCUUUGGCGCAAGCGCCUCGACUGAAUCGGGCCUCAACACGGUCGAUGUCAAGGAGUUAAAGACCUACCAACAGGUGUAUAUCUACCUGAUUCCCAUUUUCACAAACAUCGGCUUCAUCAACAUCCUCGUCGUUGUAUUCCGCCUCAGGUGGUUUGAGAAACACUUGAAAAAAGUUGGGCUAAGGCUGACUCGGACCCUUCUGGGCUACAUAGCACCCAAAUACAUGCGACCCGAACCUCCGGCGGAGGAUAACGCUGAAGCGCCAAAAGUCGAUACGACACGAGCUCUCGGUGAAGCAAAGAGCGUUGCGUCUGAUGCGCUAGAAACAAGCUCUUCCAUUGCAAGUGCGGAUGCUAUCGAGUCCAAUGUUGAGGUGCCUGAAGUCACUCCAGCAAGACCUUCUGCCAUUCAAUUCGCCGAAAAUAGCCACCCUUCAGCAGCAAACAAGGACAAAGCGUUGUACAUCCCGCCUCCCUGGCGACGUGACCGAGGCUUCUCCUUUUCGGAAGUCGAUGAGAGAUACGGCUCCGAGGACGAGGAUGAGAAAGAUGGAAACCAGAGAGGCCUCGAGCGCCAAAAGUCUACCAGGAGUAUAGCUUCGCGCUCUCGCAGCCGCACUGUUGAGCGCGCUGUCUCUUCGAUCUUUGUGCUGGGCAACGCGCCCACCCAAGGGAGUAGUCGACCAGCACCCAGUGAGAAGAAGCCACUUGAUCUGCCAAAUAUUUCUUCGCAAGCUACGAUUGGCCGCAACUCUCAGUUCUACAAUCUGACAGCAGAGGACAAGGCGAGACUGGGUGGUAUCGAGUAUCGCAGUUUGAAGCUUCUUCUGAGAAUCGUGACUGGUUACUUUUUCGGUCUGCAUUUGUUCGGCGCCAUUUGCCUCGUCGGUUGGAUCUUGCACUGUGAUCCCAAAUACCGCGAGUACCUUGCCCAGUGCGGUCAAGGUAAUGUUUGGUGGGCUUUCUACUCUGCCCAAAGCAUGGUGGACAAUCUGGGCUUCACGUUGACCCCGGAUUCCAUGGUGACAUUCCGCGACGCGACCUUCCCCAUGAUCUUGAUGAGUUUCCUGGCCUUUGCUGGAAAUACCUGUUAUCCCUGCCUCCUCCGACUGAUCAUCUGGAUCACGUUCAAGCUUUGUCCGGAGAAGUCAUCGAUGAAAGAGCCUUUGAGCUUCCUCCUUGAUCAUCCACGUCGAUGCUACACGCUCCUGUUCCCAAGUCGACCAACCUGGAUCCUGUUUGGAAUUUUGCUGGCGAUGAACUCCAUCGACGUAAUCCUCAUCAUUGUCUUGGACUUGCACAAUCCGGCCGUCAGCGAUCUUGCGCCGGGCCCCCGUGUACUUGCUGCUAUUUUCCAAGCCGCAAACGCUCGCCACACAGGAGGCGCAACCUUCAACCUAGCCGACGUCAAUCCCGCCGUUCAGUUCAGCUUACUCGUCAUGAUGUACAUUGCGAUUUUCCCGAUUGCUAUCAGCAUUCGUGCGUCAAACGUGUACGAGGAAAAUUCUCUCGGUAUCUACGAGAGUUCCUCGGAUCCGGAUGAAAGCAACGGCAAGUCCUACAUCAUGAAACACAUCCAGAACCAGCUCAGUUUCGAUCUGUGGUACAUCUUCCUUGGCGUGUUCUGCAUUUCUAUUGCAGAGUCAGGUCGGAUUGCCGACAAUUCUAUUCCAGCGUAUUCCAUCUUCUCGAUUCUGUUCGAGGUCACAUCUGCAUAUGCAAACGUCGGACUGAGUCUAGGUUACCCCACGGUCAACACAUCACUCUCGGGCACCUUUUCCGUCUUCAGCAAGUUAGUCAUCUGCUUCAUGAUGAUCCGUGGCCGCCAUCGUGGUCUUCCAUACAAAUUGGAUCGUGCUGUGGUCCUGCCCAGCGAGCGCGAAGAUGAGGCCUAUCAAACGAGGGGUAGAUCGCAGGAUUACUUUGACUGA